GACCCAGACUCAGUCACCCACCAGACGCCGGGAAGGGUGGUAGUACCGCUCCUCGCUCCUGACAGAUCUCGUGAACUUCACAUAAAACUUAGAAAAUUGUGCUUAAGGUCGAGACGUGAAGAAACUAUAGAGCAGAAUACAAGUUUCCAAGAUGGCUCGAGGCGUGAGAACUUGAUAAAGUGUUUGAAAGUGGAAAAAUUAAUUGAUAAACUUUAAUUGAUAAAACGCGAGUUGUGAUGAGGGUGACUGACCAACGUGAAGGAAACUCAAGAAACCACAGAAAACGGGAAUUAUUUGAAAAGGAAAACGUGGAAGAGAUUUGGAAGGAAAACUUGGAAAAAUAUUUGUAAUGAAAACGUGGAAGAAUAUUUGAAAAGAAAACGAGAGAAUUGUAAAGAAAACGAGGGAAUUAUUUGUAAAGGAAACGAGGAAAAGAUUGAAAACAGUAAAAAGAAAAAAAAAUCAAAUAAACUUUAAGAAAAAAAAAUUGGAAACAAAAAAAAAUCAAGAAAAAAAAAUUGAGAAGGCAAAAUAUUAAUUAAAAAAAUGAAAAAAAACAAUAAAUAAAUAAAUAAACAAAAUCACUCGGAAAAAAGAAAACCACAAAUUUUUGGAGGACAAACUUAAAAAAAAAUGAAAAAUAACUAAAACAACAUCAAAAAACAACAAUAAUAACAAUAACAACAACAAUAACAAAAUAAAAAAAUAAAAAAAAACAAUGAAUAAUACAAAACAGUGACCUAACCUAACCUAACCUGACCUAACGUGACCUGACCUGACCUAACCCAACCCAACCUAAGCAAAAUGCCUCGUAACACCCCCGUAUCAGUGGCAGCAGCAGCAGCAGCAGUAGUAGUAGUAGUAGUAGUAGUAGUAGCAGUGGUUCAAGGGUUCAAUAUAGAGUCGGAGCGCUUCGUGGUUCAUAAGGGUUCAAAGGACACCAAGUUUGGGUUCAGCGUGUCCCAGCACCGUGAUUCAAAUGGACCUUGGGUUCUCGUGGGUGCUCCUGAGGCUAAAACGAAUCAAGAGGACGUGGUGCGGGGGGGUUACGUGUACAGGUGUCACCCUACCCACGCCAAUGACUGUACGCCCAUGCCCUUUGACGCAACAGGUAACCAUUGGGAAUCAGGGACUCAGAUGGACAACAAGAGCAUGCAGUGGUUUGGGGCAGAAGUAACGAGCAGAAAUGGCGUAAUUGUGGCGUGCGCACCCCGUUACGUGUUGAUGAGAACCCGCCGCCAUGAACCUGUAGGGCGCUGCUUCUACGGAGGGGGCGGCCAUAGAGACGCCUUCACGCCCUUCAGCCCCUGUAUGAAUGAAGGCGCCAGGUCGGGGUACAACCAGCAGGGGUGGUGCCAGGCAGGUUACAGCGCCGCCAUUACUCAGAAUGGCAACCGUCUCUACGUGGGCGCCGUGGGGAGUUACUACUGGCAGGGCCAGGUGUUCUACCAGGACCUGUUGAACACACGAAAGCACCUUAACACGUCUGAGGCGCCCAAACAGUAUGACAUGAGCUACCUGGGGUUCUCUCUGGCCACGGGGAUGUUCACGGGGGAUGCAGAGGAAGAUGUAGCAGUUGGCGUGCCCCGGGGGAACCACCUGAAGGGCCUAGUAGUUGUGUUUGACCAUCAGCUAAAUGUGUUCUAUAAUAUCACUGGGGAACAGCUGGGGUCCUACUUCGGGUACAGCGUGGCCAGCGUAGAUGUCAACGGCGACAGACUGGACGACCUCAUAGUGGGCGCCCCCUGGCACACGCCCCCAGACAACACGGGCGCCUUCGAGCUGGGGGAAGCGGUAGUCUUCACCCAAACCCCCCAGCACAACUUCCAGGUGGCCCAGAGACUGCAGGGCACGACUUCACGAGGUCAUUUUGGUUUGGCCUUGACCUCGCUGGGAGACCUGAACAGGGAUGGGUAUGGAGACUUUGCUGUGGGUGCUCCUAAUGCUGGGGAAGCUGGUGCUGGGCUGGUUUACGUGUACCUGGGGAGAGAGAGCGGUCCUAGUACCCAGCCGUCACAGGUCCUCUCCUCCCAGACACUGACACAAGGGUUGGUAAGGACCUUCGGGUGGUCACUAUCAGGCGGCCAUGACCUUGACCACAACGACUACCCUGACCUGGUUGUAGGCGCCCACACCUCAGACGCCGCUGUGGUCUUCCUGACGCGCCCUGUGGUGGUCAUCAACAGUACUAUUAAGUUCAGCUCAGCGCGCGGCAUCAUAGACCUGGAGGUGAAGGGGUGCUCCUUACAAGACCGGACUAAAGUACCUUGUGUGACCCUGCUGUACUGCCUUAGUUAUGAAGGCCAUAGGGUUCCCAACAGGCUGAACCUGGACGUGAGCUUGGAGGUGGACACUUUAACGGCCGUGUCUCCUCGAAUGGCCUUCCUGCAGCGGGAGGGGUGGAGCCAGUACAACGUGACGGUGGAGUUACGGAAGAGUGUGGAGAAUUGUACCUCUGUUUACACCUACAUGCAGGACCCGUGCUGGCCCCCCUCCUCCCCCUCCGCCGGCCCCCCCAAGGCGACCAUCUACAUCAAGAAUAAUUGUGGGGAAGAUAAUGUUUGUGUGCCUGACCUGGCCAUCUCUACUGCUGUCGAGAAAACAGAAUACGUGAUCGGCUCCCUUGACCAUCUCUCCAUUAAGACACAUGUAAGGAACUCAGGAGAAGACGCAUUUCAAGCUGUUCUGCGCUCCUCCGUGCCUCCAGGGGUGUCCUACGCGUCCUUCCAGGUCCUACACAGCCAGCCCCCGGACGUGACCCCCAUCUGUUCCCUGAGUAAUGAAGAGGUCGUGUGUGAAAUGGGCAACCCUUUUCCAUCAGAAGGAGAGGUGACCUUGAACCUAAUUUUUCAACCACAAGAGAUGGAAAAUGUGUCUCACCUUUUCUUUUCGUUCAACGCCUCUUCUGCUUCAAGGGAGGAGGACGGGGGGGACAACGAGGGGGAGGUGGCGCUGGCGGUGGUCAUGAAGAGCGAUGUGGACGUGAAGGGCAUAUCCCUGCCAGACGGGCCGUUCUCCUACAAUGCUUCAAGAUAUGGCUACGUCCCUGGGGAGGAUAGAGAAGUCCUUCAUGAGAGGGACAUAGGGCCGCGGGUUGAACACAUCUACGACAUCAGCAAUGGUGGCCCUUCCCCCCUGCCCCCCUCCACGCUGUACCUGCUGUGGCCCACUAGAACCUUGAAUAAUGAGCCGCUUCUGUACCUGGUGGAAACUCCUGUGGUGGCCCCUGCUGUGUGUGCUGUGGUGCCAGAUGUCAACUAUUUGGGGCUACAGGUUGACAAGACACUGCAAACAUCACUUGAAAGCACAGAAGAGGUGUUUGGCAAAGAAGAAGAAGAAGAAGAAGAAGAAGAAGAAGAAGAAGAUAACAAAAACACAAUAAAACACAAAAAAAGAAAAAGAUCGAAAAAACAUCGUAGAACACAAACAAUGACACACACACACACAGACACAGGGAGCUCCUUCAACCACCAUCACCGCCACGAGCAUUCACGGAGGAGGGAGAGGAGGAGGAGGAGGAGAAGGAGGAAGAGGAACAUUCAAGAGGAACUGGAAAGAGAAUUGCAGUGCGGUCCAACAAACUGCACAAGGGUCAUUUGCAGAAUCCCUCCUUUAAAACCGAAAGACCACGUUUUAGUGACUGUGAGGUCCCGCCUAUGGAUUGACACUAUUGAGAAGCUGGGCAUGUCAGAGGUCAGCAUAUCCUCGCGUGUGGUGCUGACAACCAGUGUGGACGGCGGUGAGGGGGAGGUGUGGGUGGGGAGUGUCAGCAGCGAGGUGGGUGUGGGGGCGCGUCAACCCAGAAGCUCCCUCAAGUGGCUGGUGGUGGCUGGCAGCAUCUUGGCCGGCCUCCUCCUCCUGGCCUUGCUGUGUGCCUUGCUGUGGGCGAUGGGCUUCUUCAAACGAAAACGGCCACAAGACGGAGCAGAGAGCGAACCACUGAGCACUAAUGGCUACUACAACACUGCCAAGACGUGAGGCAACACCGCAACACCACGAGGCAGAGAGAGAGAGGGGGGGGGUUGAGGGGGGAGGGGUAGGGAGAGGGUGAGACAGAGGAAGAGAGAGAAAUUAUGCUGUUUUUUUUUUUUUUUCUAGUUAGGUUGGUUAGAAGAGAGAGAGAGAGAGAGAGAGAGAGAGAGAGAGAGAGAGAGAGAGAGAUAUUUGUUUAUAUAUUGUCCUCCUCCUCCUCCUCCUCCUUUUUUUAUUUUUUUUUAUUUUUUUUCAUUUCUUUCUGGUUAAGUUAAGAAAGAAUAGACUUUUUCAUAUUUCUCUCUCUCUCUCUCUCUCUCUCUCUCUCUCUCUCUCUCUCUCUCUCUCUCUCUCUCUCUCUCUCAGUUCCGCUGUAUUCCGUACCCCAACAGCUGUCAUGUAUGUGUGUGUGUGUGUGUGUGUGUGUGUGUGUGUGUGUGUGUGUGUGUGUGUGUGUGUGUGUGUGUGUGUGUGUGUGUGUGUGUACUAACUUAACAAAUGCCUAGAGAGAGAGAGAGGGGGGGGGCUGUAGUAGUAUCUAUAGUGUACUUAUAUAAAACAAACAAUAGACUCUGUAAAUAAACUAUAAGUGACUGAAUGAAGCCUAAGAGAAAAAACCGUAUGUAAAAUUCUUGUUCAUUUAUUUAUUUAUUUAUUUUGUUUUUGAAUGAAGAUUUAAGUAAAAAAAAAAAAAACACUUAGAAUUUUUUUUUUUUUUUGUUUAUUUGAUUUUUACUACGAUUUCUUGCAUAGAGGAAAAAAGAACAUGAAAAAAACGAUAAAUGAUAGAAUAAAUGUAAUGAAAGGAAACUAUAAGCUCAUUAAACAAGGCGUACCUAUUAUUCUCUAACUAUAUAUCACUUUCACCAUAACAAUUCCCUCCAACUUUCAACUCUACUUCCCCCUCAAAUUUCACCCCCACUGUGUCCCCCUUUUAAUACCCCUCUAAUGAACUCACAAUCUUUAAUCUUCUACUUUUCUUCAAUUUCCUUUCUUUUACUUCUGUCCAAAACUCUUCAAUAUUUUCA